GCGGCAUUUGCAACCACGUGGUACCGUCGAGCGCACACGCUCUGUGAUCGAGUCCUUCUCGAGUGCACUUUGCACGUGCCCUUCCGAGGGACUUUAGCUUCCCUAGGUUUUGGCAAUGGUCAAGAAGGUACCGGCAAAACUAGUCAAGAAGUCCAAGCGACAUGGUAUUCCUCGCGACGAGUUGGUCACCGUCAAGUCCGACCUCAUUUUGUUGGCGCCAGAGUUCGAGGACAUCGAGGAAAAGCGGCUGGAAGGACCCGCAUGGAGCCGGCCGAACCAGCGUGACUCGGAGGACCCCCACAAAGCAGGAGGUGGCAACGGAAGAGGAGGAAAAGGUGCGUGCGGGCGUAGUGCACUUGUACGGGCAGGCGUGGUGUGCCUGAAGCUUGGCGCCCUCGUGGGUCUCCUCUACCUCUUCGUGUGCUCCCUCAAGCUGCUGGCCAGCUCCUUCAGGCUCCUCGGCGGCAGGACAGCCAGUACGGUGUUCCAGCAGUCUCAGGUGUUGAGUAACCCGGUGGUGGGGUUGAUGAUGGGGGUGUUGGUGACGGUGCUGGUGCAGUCCUCCUCCACCUCCUCCUCCAUCGUCGUCUCCAUGGUCGCCGCCAACUUCCUGGACGUGCCGACAGCCAUCCCUAUCAUCAUGGGAGCCAACAUCGGCACUUCCGUCACUAACACCCUAGUCAGCAUUGGACAGGUGGGCGACCGGGAGCAGUUUGAGCGUGCCUUCGCCGGUGCUGUGGUUCAUGACAUGUUCAACUGGCUGUGUGUGGGGGUGCUGCUGCCUCUCGAGGUCGCCACCGGCUACCUCAACCUUCUCACCAAGGCCAUUCUCUCCGGCAUCACCCUCGAACAAAACGACAUGCAGGUCGAGCUAUUCUCAGGCAUCACUAAACCCUUCACAGACAAGAUAGUUACGCUGGACAAGUCAGUGUUGACGGGAUGGACGAUGAAGGACCCAGCUUACGAGAACGCCACUCUGCUGCGACGCCUCUGUGCCCACCCUCACAACGAAACUCAGUUCGUCACCUGUGGAACCCUGGCGGCCCAGCUGCCUCUCAACGACACGGGUGUUGGGAUGGUACUGCUGGCUAUGUCCCUCAUCCUGCUCACCAUCUGCCUCAUCGCCAUCGUCAAGACUCUCAGUUCAAUGCUCAAGGGGUCAGUGGCGAUUGUGGUGCAGCGAGUACUCAACGCGGAUUUACCCCGCGUGCCAUGGCUGACAGGCUACCUAGCAAUUCUUGCUGGCGCCAUUAUGACUUUUAUCCUUCAGUCCUCCUCCAUCUUCACCUCCACGUUGACGCCGCUAGUUGGGCUGGGCAUGAUCAGCGUGGAGCGCAUGUACCCACUCACGUUAGGUUCCAACCUGGGCACCACCACUACUGCCCUCCUCGCCGCUCUUGCCUCAGAUCCCGCCAGCCUUCGUCCGGCCAUCCAGAUUGCGCUUGUUCAUCUUUUCUUCAACGUGACGGGCUUACUGAUCUGGUACCCCAUACCCUUCCUGCGUCUUCCUGUGCGGUUGGCUCUCGGCCUGGGUAAGAUCACCGCCAAAUACCGCUGGUUUGCCGUCGUAUACAUGGUGAUGUCCUUCGCUAUCGUGCCACUCUUCGUGUUUGCUGUGUCCCUCGGCGGGCCUGUCGUCAUGUACUGUGUCUUCAUUCCAAUCGCCAUAUUUAUGUUGAUAGUCAUAUUCAUUAAUAUAGCUCAGGUACGUUUCCCAAAAUGCCUGCCACUUUUGCUGCGGACGUGGCACUGGCUGCCCCUUCCACUUCGCUCUCUACAUCCCUAUGAUGACCUCAUAUCACGUCUCAUGUGCUGCACUCGCCGUCCAGGACACCAGUACGCCUACGUGCCGGCAGUGUCCGUUCAGCCCCCACCCCCUGGAACUGAGCAAGAGGAAGCCGUGGCCGUAAUAAUUCGGGACAACAAGGGACUGGAGAGUGAAGGUGGCGAAGAGCGUGGGAGCGAGCACACAGAGGUGCAAAUCCACAGUGCCAGUGUUGCUUCCCGUGUCGUCUUCGUCCAGCACGAGACCUCUACCUAAGGUGCCAAUACCUCCACGACUCACCUGUCGUGGGCGUCCAUGAUGUUGGAAUGUUGAUCAAAUGCGAAUUGUCGUCGUCAGACACUAUUUCUCAAUUAUAAGAAUUCGUAAAUAAAUGAAUAUUAUAUAUUCAAAAAAUCUUUGCUAGUAAGCAUAUGCUCAAAUAGAUUUUUUUAUUUCAUUAAAAUUUCUAUGCACAGACUUUAAUCACAAAAUUCCUACUACUUUAUGAUAAAAGGUUGUAAAAUGCAUAUAUUUUUUCAUGAAAGCUGAGAAAUCGAGCAACUUUAAAAAAGUUGUCUAUAUCAAAGAGGUUGUGACUUGAGUAAGAUUCAUAGUGGAUCAUUGGAUCUGCAGGCAGUUUGUCGAAGUUUAAUAACAUCAUCCGCACAUAUGUAACCAAUGUGUACCAUUACAGCAACGUCUUUAAGACCUUAUGUAACAAUAUGUAUAGCUGGUGCCAGUGAAUAAUAUAAACGAAUAUAACCAAUAUCAUAUAUAUUUAUAUAUUUAGGUAAUACAUCUAGUCGGUGAUUCUUUAAAUAUCCAGGUGUCGACGAGAGUAAGAAGAUGUAGUUUGACAGCCGUCUGCCUCGGGUAGUGUGGUCAGUAGGUCUACGUUGUGGCUUCCCUCCAGCCAGUAGCCCACCCUUGCUCGUCUCGUACUUCAGAUGCUAGAUCCUCAUCUUUUAUUCCUCAGAGCACCACACAAUUGAUCAAAUCUUAAUCAAGGCAUCUCAAAAUGUCCUAAAAAUAUCAGACUUCCACUACGGUCCUUGAUGCCGCUUAGAACUAUCAUGUUCUCAUUAAAAUGCCUGGCAAUAUCACUUAAAAAUAUAUAUAUUUUUUAAUUUGUCUCUCGUCAACAUCUCUAGGCACAUUAGUGAGUGAUCCCAUUAUUUGUCCGCAUUUCACAGUUAAUACAGCAAACUUCGAAUGCCGUACUUAAAAAUAUAACAUCACAGUGCAAAUGGACAGAUUGACCUACGUAGUUCUUCUGUAAAUUGAAUUUAUUCACAUGAUGGACUAUCAUCCUCAGUCCGAACAAGGCACAGAUAUCGUCCGUUGUCUGGCUAAGACUACAGAUUAAUUUCAUUAUUAAUGAAACUCAAUAUCAUUUGCUUCCUUACGUAGGUCAAAAUUUCAUCUGCUCUGACGGAACGUCACGGAAGACUAAAAUGGCAUCCAAUAACUGACGGACACAUUGUCAUCUACUGUCUGAGAAAGAUGACGGUGUCAUCCAUGCAUUGUCUAACGAAGUUCAUCUACUCUGACGAAAAUCACGGCAUCAUCCAGUAUCUGGCGGAGACCACAGCACCAUUCACUGCCUGAUUAAAAUCCUUGCAUCAACUAUUGCCUGAAGAACACAUUUUCCACAUUCGGUCGAAGACCCCCAACUUCACCCAUGCUCCACGAGGAAUCUAUACUAUCCGUGUGUUGGUGCGAGACCUGGGCGCGUCCCUGGGCGAGAGCACACCGCACCCUUCCCUGCGGCCAGCCCUGCACAAGGGACUGCAGGCGUCGACGCUCUCACCUAGGUCACCCCUCAGUAGUCGACAUUUCAUCUAUUAGAAGCUACUCCCUGCCACAACGCUCUAACUUAUGCGCAAUAAUGUAAACAAUCAUUUAUAUUGUUGUAAAUGGAUGUAAAUAUACGUGCGAAUGUGGUAUUGUUCGUGCGGUGUUAUUUUGUGAUAACUGAAUAUAAUGUCACCGGCUCACUUAAUUUUUAUAUUGUAUUUAUUCGCGAAAGAACAACAGAAUAAUCUGGCAAAGAAACAUAUAAGUAGUCCUUAUUGAAGGGUUUCCGGCAGUUCACCUGACACUAUAAUUAAUACAAACUUGUAUAUUCUCGCUCUAAUGUCACAAAAUAGAAAUUGCAAAACAAAUGAUUAUAAUAACUUCAGGAAAACAAAUUGUUCCACGAAAACAACAGCGACAGUGAUUGCUUAACGCGUUUAUAUAUUUUGUUAAAUUAAUAUACAACAGGAGCAAGCUGAGUGACUUCAAGUGUAAUAUUUUGUUAUUAGAGAACAUUUUUGACAGUAGGCUAUUUAUAGAAAGAAUUGUUACAUGAUCUAGUAACCUUUCAUUUCACAAAAAACAAUAAUACUUUAAAUUUUGAGCUGAUAACCUAAAAUAAUGGUUAUCAUUGAUGUAUUGGCUACGGCAGGUUAGAGUGCCUCUCCCUGCAGUGUGGAGGCUGUCUCAUGCUCUCGGUAAUUUACUUACACCAUGGUCAUUCUUCAGGUUUUGUUUAAUAUUUUUAAUUACGAUUAAUGACUGUCUAUGUAGAUAAGAUCAUUAUAUAUUUUUAUAAUAAAUAUGUGACAAUAUUA